UUUCAUUGUUGAAUGUAAUAAAUAUUUGCUGCUUGUAAUAUUUCCCGGAAUUCCCCCACCUGAUAUUCCUUGGAAUUUUAACUCUUAAAAGAUUGGAGAAAAGAUUAUCACAAAGGCUUUUAUAAGCCUCCAAAAUGAUGCUGAGUCCAGACCAAGCCGCCGACUCGGACCACCCCAGCUCGGCGCACUCGGACCCGGAGUCGCUGGGCGGCGCGGACUCCAAAGUGCUGGGCAGCGUGUCGGACCUGGAGCCCGUGGAGGAGGCCGAGGGCGACGGCAAGGGCGGCAGCCGGGCCGCGCUCUACCCGCACCCGCAGCAGCUGAGCCGCGAGGAGAAGCGCCGGCGCCGGCGCGCCACGGCCAAGUACCGCUCGGCGCACGCCACCCGCGAGCGCAUCCGCGUGGAGGCCUUCAACCUGGCCUUCGCCGAGCUCCGCAAACUCCUGCCCACGCUGCCCCCGGACAAGAAGCUCUCCAAGAUCGAGAUCCUGCGCCUGGCCAUCUGCUACAUCUCCUAUCUCAACCACGUCCUGGACGUGUAG